AUGAUAAACCUCACAGGAAUUCUGCUGGACGAGGCUGCCCUAUGCUGUACUUGCGCUGAUGGUUUCGGCAGGAUCACGAUGGGAUCAUUCCGACAAGCCGCUACAAUCCACGCCAGCUCCAAAGAAGUUGCGGCGCUGGAGCAAGACCAACGGCUAUGGCCAGCGGCGAUCCCACUCGCGGUCCGUUCGCCCUACUUCAGCAGUUGGAUGAACCCUACCAUUGGCACCAGACCACCUUUCAUGUGGCCCUCGUUUUGGGACGGUAGACGAAUUCUUGGUUGGGCGAAUUAUGUCAGAGUAGACGGUUCCACUUGGCUGUGGCUUGGUAUGCACGGCAACGCCUCGACGUUUGAGGGCGUAGAGAUUACGCCUACACGAUCAAUAUUCACCUUUCAAGCGGGUCCCAUGGAGGUUAAGGUGACGUAUUUGAGCCCGGUAGAGCCCACAGACCCCGUUCUGCAGUCAUUUCCGUUUUCUUAUAUGACUUUCGAAGCCUCCUCAACGGACGGUAACACUCAUGCAGUCGAGGUUUACUCAGACAUCAGCGGCGAAUGGGCCUCUGGGAUCAAUGCUAACGUUAUUCAAUGGAAUUUGACGACAACCACGGCGUCCACAUAUCACACUGUCCUUCGCUCUACCCCACAGCCUAUGACUGAAACCAACAAUAUAGCGGAGGAUAGCCAGGUCUACUUGGGCAUGGCGUCACGCUCGGGUCUCACUUGGCAAACUGGCACCGACAACACGUUACGAGACAGCUUUGCAAGCACUGGAAAGUUAGCUGAUACCCAAGAUCCUACGUUCCGCGCUAUCAAUGGCAGGGAUUGGCCUGUUUUCGCUAUUUCGGCUGACCUGGGCACAAUCACCUCUACAUCUUCGCCAGUGGUAUGGUGUAUUGGCUUGGUUCGUGAUCCUUCAAUCAUGGCGUGGAAUGGUGCAUCCAACGAAGACCGACAUCCGUAUUUCAAGACCAGAUAUCAGGAUAUGUCGAGUGCGAUUGAUGCUCUUUUACUGGACUUCCCCAAUGCCCGUGAUCGAGCCGUUGCAUUAGAUGAGAAGCUGACGGGCGAGGCUAGAAAGGUCUCUGAUCAAUAUGCUGACCUGGUCUCUCUUGCAACGCGUCAAACUCUCGGGGGGCUAGAAUUCACUACUUCGAGAAUGCUUGAUGGUUCAUAUGACCCCUCGGACCUCCAGAUAUUCAUGAAAGAUAUCGGUUCCAACGGGCAAGCAAGCCGGAUGAACCCCGUCGAAGGGAUCUAUGCCGCCUUCCCCGCCUUAUUGUACCUCAACUCGACUUGGGCUUCCUCAAUACUUCUCCCACAUCUGAAAUAUCACAGUGGUUCGCAGGAUGGAACAUCUUAUGUCGCCCCUGAUCUAGGUGUGCCAUAUCUCCUUAUGCUCGCCCAUUUCCCGUCAGCCAACCAAUGUCUCGUCAAGAUCUCCGAGGAGUCGAAGUCACAGAGGUUACGCACGUACCCAGACACAAGCAGUAUGCUGAUCAUGGUAUACGCCCACGGGCUAUACUCGGGAAACGGGUCGCUCAUCGCCGGAUACUACCCAUUGUUAAAGAGCUGGGGGGAUUACUUGGUUGAUCACACGAUGAAUUCUACCAACCAGCUUACGGCGGAUGGCGGGCAAGCUGGAACAUCAGUGAAUCUCAUGUUAAAGGGGAUCAUUGGCAUCCAGGCUAUGUCUGGAAUCAGUCAAGCAUUUGGAGACAGCCCAGCAUCGAAAACGUAUAAUGAUCGGGCAAAUGACUUUAUCGCUCAAUGGAAGGGUCGGGCAAUGAACAACGGGCACUUGCUAUCGGAUACUGGCAAUGCGCAAUCGUGGAGCCUCAUCUACAACACCUUCGCCGAUAAACUUACACGCAGCAACCUCGUCGGACAAGACAUAUAUGACUCUCAAGCCGCUUUCUACCAACAAUUGGCCGGCAAUUCGACGAAUCCCUUUGGGUUGCCACUAAGCUCAAGUAGCAGUGAUGCCAGGUCCGACUGGAUCAUCCUUACGGCCAGUACUAUCGACGAUGCCUCGAUAAGAGAUACGCUCGUCUCCAUGGUGCAUGCCAGAGCGAAUUACAACGGCACCUUGGGUGCUUUCCCAACCACGUACAACGCUCCAAGUGGCAACGUAACCCGUGGCGUAGCAAGCCCUGCUCAAGGCGCUGCGUAUUCUUUAUUAUCCCUCCAGCUACAAUCACAAACUAUCGCAAUGCCAGCAACGAGACCAGUGGCGCCCGCUAACCGAUCGACCGGUGGUCUUUCUGGUGGUGCGAUUGCAGGUGUCGUCGUCAGUGCAGUAGCGGCGGCGGCUGUAUCUCUCGUUCUCGCGUUCUUCCUGUGGCGCCGUAUCCGGAAUCGCUCAGCAAGAUCAGAAUCAGAAGGAGGAGAAGGAGUACCAGCAAUCACUCCAUUCGCUCAAGUAGGGGGAUACCUUACAGCCCCACAGCUGGAGAUUGCUGCUACUGCGCCGUCGAAUACGUCUAGCAAACGACAACGCCACGAGCAGUGGGGGCAAAGGUCACCGACUCCCUCUUCUUCGGCGCCACCCAUUUCCACGGAACCUACCUCCGCUUCCGCCUAUUCAUCUAGCACGAACAACCAGUUGAGGGACGUAGUAGAGGAUUUACGAAGGGAAGUUGAGUUGAUGCGAGGUCAUACCAAUUACGCGUAUGCCGAACCUCCACCAGAGUAUUAG